AUGAACGUCCUCCUUGGCAAGCUGCGGUACAUAGAGGAGGAAUGCUCUGUAGAGUUGCGACGAAAGCAGGCCAAGCGGGCGCAGGCGACCCCGUUCCGGAGCAAGAAGAAGACCAUUGCCAACGAGCUGAGAGCCAUUCGCGAGUCGCUCAAAGAGCGGGACCAGCUGCUGGGCUCUGCCGUUGCUGCUGCCCCGAGCACCAUUGAGCUUGGUUCUCGUAUUCGAAGGGAUCUGGUCAAGGUCGAGGCUGAGGUCAAUGAGCUAGAGGAGCUGUUCAAGGCCGAGAAGAAGAAGGCUGGCAAGUCUCCCAGCGAAGACAAGCGCGAAGAGCUGGCCCUUCGUGGCGAUCAGCUCAAGGUGGUCAAGGAGCACCUGCGCGAGUGCAAGCGGCUAGAGAAGCGGAGGUAUACCUCAAAGGUCGACCGCGACAACAGGUCCCGCCUGAUGGCGGGGGCUGCUGCCGCGGGUGUCGGCGUUGCAGGCUCGCGCUCGGGCCGCAACGGCGCGGCAGAGCUUCCGGACGACCCGACCAUGUCGCAGCUGGCGCCCAUCGAUGAUGAAGAAGUCGAGGCGGCGUUGAUGCGGAUUGAGGCCCGCAACGAGGACAUCGACCAGGAGCUCGACGCCAUUGCCGACGGCGUUGCCACCCUCCGCGACAUUGCCGUUGAGAUGGGUGGCGAGCUGGACCGCCAGAACAUCAUGCUCGACGAGACAAACCGUCGUGCUGCCGAGGUCACAGAGCACAUCCGCAACUCGAACAAGCGCCUGUCCAAGAUCCUCAAGAAGGUCGGCAAGGACAAGAUGUGCAUGUAUCUUAUUCUCCUCAUGGUCUUCCUCGUCAUGCUCCUCGUUGUCUACAACCAGUCGCAGAAAUAGUAGCGCCCGCCGCCUGCCGCCCGCCUGCCGCCCGCCCGCCGCCACCGCCACCACCGCCGCCCACCCACCGUCCUCCCCCUGUCAGGCCACUUCUGUACAUGUCCAGACGAGGCGCAGACGAGGCGCGGGUCAUGCGCAGGCCGAUCCGAGUCCGGUCCCUUUCUGGGCCGAGCUGUACACUAUGAGCCCGAACAUCCCCGGCAUCAUGUCGACGAUCACCUGCACGCCACCGCGCAGAUCCAGGCACAUCAGCCGUCAUGACCACACCCAACCAAGCCUGCCCACCGGUUGCCGAGUCGGGCAUGAGCUGUCCCAGGUCACGCCAUUGUCCGAAUCACCAUUCCGGACAGACACUCGUCGCGCGAACUUUUGGCGCCAAAAGCCACUGGCCACCGGCAUGGAGCAGACAGCUGUGGCACGAGCACCAGAGCAGCACACAGUGAAGCAGCUGAAGACAUG